CCCGAGAUGAACCAUGGCUAGCUGCAACCCAGAGUCAGAGGCAUAUUCAAAUAGGAAUUAUGCCUUCGCAGUGUGUCAAAAGUGUUUUAGUCCUUGUUAUUGUACUAAGUUUCCUCUCGAUACUAUCCGCCUACGACUACGAAGUUUUAAGGUUCGAAGAUGAAACGCAAGACGACAAAAUCUGGAAAGUAUCAAAGUUUAGGGUAAAAAAAAUAGAACCAGGCAUUUACGGAGUUUCAGGCCAAUUCGAGCUUCUGCAGACUCUUGGAAAGAAAUCAAAGAUCCUAGUGAAAUUUUUCUACAAUACAAAUGGAGUUGGCAUGUGGACUUUACUGCCAGGUCAAAUAGGUCCAGAAUUCGGAUGUGACUUCUUAAACGAUGGAUACAAAAGAUAUCUCCCGGGUUUACCUGAGGCAUCUAACUUCCCGAAAGUAGGAGAUGAUUACUACUGUCCAUUACAAAAGGGUUUAUAUAAAAUGGACACAUAUAGCGUCAACACCACUAGGGUCACAAGCUUCGUCAAACCAGGAUUCUAUAAAAUUCAAGUAACUAUGGACUCAGACAGCGGAGAUACAAGCGUGAUGAACGUAUACAGCAAAGUCGCAAGAAAAUAGGCACUUUAAGAUGCACUGUAAGGACUUCAAGCAAUUAGUUAGCAAGGAGUUGACGUCGAUAUCAGUACAUCCUAUACAUGUCGGUAAAAACAAUAAAACUAUGAAAGGACAUAAAA